AUGGAGACAACAAGAGAGGACAACUGCACAGCACUGACAGAAUUCAUCCUGCUGGGGCUUGGAAGUGGUCCGGCACCUCACAUAGUUCCCUUUUUGGUGUUUCUGGUGAUUUACAUGACCACUGUGCUUGGGAACACCAGCAUGAUCCUCCUCAUUAGAGCUAACUCUCACCUGCACACCCCCAUGUACCUCUUCCUAAUUAACCUGUCAGUCUUAGACCUCUGCUUCACCUCCAUCGUUGCCCCCAAAGCCAUGGCGAGCCUCCUAGCAGGGAGCAAAGCCAUUUCCUACAAUGGAUGUGCCACCCUAUUAUUCUUCUUUUCUGUCUUCCUCACUGCUGAAGGGUUCCUGCUGGCAGCCAUGGCGUGGGAUCGGUACAUCAUCAUCUGCAACCCACUCUUGUACCCCAUCACCAUGUCCAAGUGGGUUUGUGUUCAGCUGGUGGCAGGGUCGUAUUUUGGUGGCUGUGUGAACUCCAUGGUGCAGACUGGCUUCACCUUUACACUAUACUAUUGUGGGUCGAACGAGAUCGAUCGUUUCUUCUGUGAUGGCCCUCCCCUGAACUUGGUGAUGUUUACCUUAUGCAGCCUUAUCAUAGGGAGCACCUCCCUGUUUGUGCUUAUCUCCUAUGCUUAUAUCAUCUCCACUAUCCUCAGGAUUCGCUCUGCUGAGGGCAGACACAAAGCUUUCUCCACCUGCACCUCCCAUAUAAUAGCGGUGAGUUUAUUUUAUGGGUCCACAGCUUUCAUGUAUUCACAGCCCACCUGGUUAACUUCUCUGUACCCAAGGAAAGCGGUGUCUGUGUUUACACCUUGUCAUCCCCAUGAUGAAUCCCCUCAUCUACAGUGUAAGGAACAAAGAGGUGAAAGAAGCUUGGGGAAGAACUAUGGGGAAGAAAUCUUUGAAAAGUUGAGCCUUGGUUAUGAACAUAGAGACCAAAUCUGCCUGUGA